AUGGCCGGCGCGUCGGCGAGCAUCCCGUGCGUGGCGCUCAACACGGGCCACGCGAUCCCCGUGCUGGGCUUCGGGACCGGCUCUUCCAGCACGCCGGAGGACCUGGCGGCCACCAUCCUCCACGCCGUCCGCCUCGGCUACCGCCACAUCGACACGGCAUCCAUGUACGGCACGGAGGGGGCGGUCGGCGCCGCCGUCGCCGACGCCGUCGCUACGGGGGCCGUCGCCUCCCGCGUUGACCUUUUCAUCACCUCCAAGCUCCUGAUGAAGGACGCGCAUCCGGACCGCGUGCUCCCGGCGCUCCGUGAGUCGCUGGCCCGCCUCGGCCUCGACUACCUCGAUCUCUUCCUCAUCCACUGGCCCCUCGCCGCCGACGAGAACAACAAGUUCGUGCCGUUCGACAUGGAGGGCGUCUGGCGCGCCAUGGAGGAGUGCCACCGCCUGGGCCUCGCGAGGUCCAUCGGCGUCAGCAACUUCUCCGCGGCCAAGAUGUCCCGGCUGCUCGCCUUCGCUGCCGUGCCGCCGGCGGUGAACCAGGUGGAGUUGAACGUCGGCUGGCGUCAGGAGAAGGUCAGGGAGGUGUGCGCCAAGAACGGCGUCGUCGUCACUGCCUUCUCACCGCUGGGCGCGUUCGGCUCGAUGUGGGGAUCCAACGCCGUCAUGGAGAGCGGCGUUUUGAAGGACGUCGCCGCCAGGAGAGGCAAGACGAUUGCUCAGGUGGCGUUGAGGUGGCUGCACGAGCAAGGUGUGUGCUUCGUGGCCAGGAGCUUUAACAAGGACAGGUUGAAGCAAAACAUGGAGCUUUUCGAUUGGGAGUUGAACGACGACGACAAGGAGAAGAUCACGGGGAUUCCACAGAGGAGAGCAUGCCGUGGGGAGUUCUUUUUGUCACCAGACGGGCCAUACAAGACCUUGGAGGAGCUAUGGGACGGAGAGAUAUGA